GCUGCUCUGCGGUCAGUGCUGUCACUGUGACGGUGCGUGUUCAGCCAUGAGGAGCGCCCACGGGCACACUGCGCCAGUAUGCCACGGGAUAUAACUGAGGAACGGACGCAGAGGUCGGCGCAUUGUCUCCAAAAAGUGCGUGUGGAUUAUUACAACAGAAGAACGACAACGCUUUGCUUUUUACGCUCACGUCCAUGAUCGGGAGGACGCGCAAACUCGGCAAAGAUGGAAAAACCUGGUGGAGGCAGGAGGUGUCGACUUCCAGGCAUCACCUGAAGAACUGGAAGGUGAUGCUGUGGGUAGUGGUGUCAUUGCUGAUGCUAGCGGAGGAUGUGUUUUCUGAGGAGGACAAUAAAGAGGCUCAGUCAGACCUCCAGCGUGUCCUCAGACAACCUUCCUGGCCUCCUGCUGAGGAUCUGGAACAGGAGAACAGAGUCCCCACACCCUGGCUUCAAGCCUAUGAAGAGUGGUCUUUGAUGCAGGAGGAGGAGCUCCAGCACAGCAGAUGGCGGCGCUCUUCUCGUGAUCCAGCCACAUCCAGAUCAACAAGGAGGAACCGCAAAAAGAUACCAAAGAGCAGCCGUGACUGCCACCUAGAGCGGAAGGAGAUGCGAGUGAGGGAUCUGGGCCUUGGCUACGACUCAGAUGAGACGGUCAUCUUUAAGUACUGUGUUGGGACAUGUCACAGCUCCCGUAAGAACUAUGACCUGGUCCUUAAAGCAUUGAUUGACAAUGGGAGCAUCUCUGGCAAGAAGAUCAGCAGUAACCCCUGCUGUCGGCCAACCCGCUACGAGACGGUGACCUUCAUGGACUCCCAGACUACAUGGCAAAUGAUUAAGUGGCUCUCGGCGGCCAACUGUAGCUGUGUGGGCUGAACGCAGAAAAAAGUGCAAAUCUUCAAGACACAAACACAGUAAAGUUGUUGUGUGAUGAUGCACCGUACUGCAGAGCCUCAACAGUGGGUGUAUAUAUCAUAGGGGACCUGACCUUGGCUCAUGUGGUGUGAGUUCUGGGAUUGCACCAUGUGGUGUCCAGGACCUCCCCUUUGCUAACUGCUUAGCUGUGGUUUAUGGAGGCUCAGGAACCUCAUAUGGAGUCUGGUGGCACCAACAAGCUCCUGGUGGGUCAUGCCUGCCCUCCAGUCUGUAGUAGUGGAAGGUUUGUUUCAACGGCCCAAGCAAUAAGAAGCGAGGAAGACACCAUCAGUGAUGUUCAGAUCCAUGGUGGAUUAUAGGUGUGGACCGUCUUUCAGCCUGUUGAAGGUGAUGCAUCACGCCUUCUAGCAGCCAUAUUGGUCUUCAGAUCAUUGAUUGCAACAGUUGCUCAGAGCUGCUUAUCACAUUUCUAAGCCUGCAAAUAGAGUUAAGACCAUAACUCAGGCUUAUUACAAAUACAUGUAUCAGUAUUUGCAUAAACUGUCAGCUAAUAUGUAACAUUAACUCACUAUCCAAAAAUGCUGAUUACAGUGCUGCUAGGAUGGUGUAUGUUCAUAGGUUAGCUUGGAAAUUAACGUUACCCCUGGUUGCCUCAACAGGAAAUUACUUUGUUUCAUUGGGUUUUGGAUUAUCAGCUCUGUGACAAACAGGAGGUUAUGAUACUUGGAUUAUUCAACGAGAUGAUCAUCGCAAAUGUACCCCACUUUUAUGAUUUUUGAAUACAGUCACCAAAACUAAAAUGCAAUAAUACUGACAUUACAC